CUUCUAAAUUCUCUCACUCUCACUGAACACGCCGGCGAUGGAAGAUGGGUAAGACAACCAGGUGGCUCCGUUCUCUUUUCGGCGCCAAAAAGUCUUCACAUCGGAGACAACAACCGCCGGAAAACCAACCUUCAUCUGCGGCCUUACUUUCGUAUCUCAAACCAUCUGAUGAUAAUAAGCACGCCAUAGCAGUAGCGGCAGCCACCGCUGCUGUGGCGGAGGCAGCGCUCGCUGCGGCACAUGCGGCGGCGGAGGUUGUCAGAUUGACAAGUGGUGGCGGCGGCGGCGGAUGUGGUGGUGGUAGAGGGUAUUACGACGGUGAGCGACUACGGGGAGUGGCGGCAGUGAAGAUACAAUCGGUGUUUCGGGCUUACCUGGCUAGGAGAGCAUUGAGGGCACUUAAGGCAUUGGUGAAGCUUCAGGCGCUCGUGCGAGGCCACAUCGUUCGGAAACAGAGUGCCGACAUGCUUCGAAGAAUGCAGGCCAUGGCUCGUCUACAGGCUAGAGCCUGUGCCAACCGGGCUCAUUCCUCGGCUUCACCGCAUUCAACCAUCAAGUCUACGCGAUCCUACCACCAUCCUCGAUCUAGCUCCAUGUCGAAUGUGAAAGUUAGUUUUGGCAGAGAACGACAACAUCAUAGUGGACCGUAUUGGUUAGAAAGUUGGAUGGAUGAUAUCUCGUGGACGAGCAAAUAUGACGAUACAAGCGAUAAGAUUCUUGAAGUAGAUACUUGGAACCCAACUCGAAGGCCAAGGAAGACUACUACUCCAAUAAAACCGAAGAAACCCAUGUACACCAGCGACGUUUCCUCAAUUUGGGGAACGGAGAAAGCCGAGUCAACCGUUGAAGAUAACCCGAUAACAUAUUGGCCAGGAAGCAGCCGUAAAGCAAGUCCACUUGUUCCAGCAAAGCUAUUUAGAGACAAUCCGAGUCACCCAAACUACAUGGCUAACACAGAAUCAUCUCAAGCUAAGCUACGGUCCCUGAGUGCUCCGAGGCAGAGGAUGGCGUUUGAGAGAACGAGUAAAACCAUCCGACGCCCUUUGGAUUAUUCGGAUACCAACUCCGAGCAUGGUUUCCGUAGGUAGGAUGGUACGUCUUCGAUUAACCGGUGUGGGUUGGUUUUCAUCAGACACUUUCUUGGUGUCAUUCUUGUACAGUAACCUUAAAACCUUCUUGUUUGUUUGAAAAAUAACAUGUUUGUGUUCUUCUUCUUAUGUAAAUGUCUGCACUUUAUAACGUUUUGGUUCUCAACUUUGAAAUCUGAA